CAUUAGCUUUUUUUUUAUACGCAUCCCCACUUUGCACAUACAUUUUAACAUGUAACGCAAAUACUAUGGAUAGUCUCAUCAGAAUCCUUGUACGUAGCAAACGUUCUAACGCAAUUCGCAAGACACGAUUUAUGCAACGUACUUCAUCGAAUUAAGCUACACGGAAUUAUACACAAUAUACAACAUUCAUAAUGUCCACCUUAAAUGCAAAUCUUGUGGACCCCGAACUUUUCAAAAUUUUUGCAUUUUGGGGAAGUAUACUUGCUUUAAAAUUACUCGCGAUGGCACCAUUAACAGCACGCUACAGAUUUAAAAAUUUGGCAUUUGCAAACAUCGAGGAUACAAAAAUAUGGAAAGGGUCAAAAGUUAAUACCAAUGAUCCUGAAAUUGAACGUGUACGCAGAGCACAUUUAAAUGAUUUGGAAAAUGUUCUUAUAUGGUAUAUUGUUACAUUCGCUUGGUUAACUACAGGACCUUCUAUAUGGUUAGCUUCAAUGUUAAUUAGGGCUUUUGUAAUUGCUAGAUUUGUUCACACAGUGGUAUAUGCUAUUUUCUCAAAACAGCCUCAUAGAGCACUAGCUUUUUUUGUAGGUUUUGGCACUACUGUAUAUCAAGCAUUUAGUACUCUGUUGUACUAUAUGUAAUUUCAAUGUUAAGAUUUCAUCUUUGUUUUGAUAUAUUCUUUAUUGUUUAUUAAUACUGUAGUUAUUAAUAAAAUAUAUAAGAUAAGAAAUUCUAUUGAUUA